UUUUUGACUGGGUAUUUUAGGUAAAACUGUAUGUGAAUUACGCUUAGAACGUUUGUGCUUGUUACGCGGCGAAACUUGAUAAACCCGACAGGAUGUCUUAUAUGUUAUCGCAUCUUCACAAUGGCUGGCAAGUCGACCAGGCGAUUCUUAGUGAAGAAGACCGUGUUGUGGUGAUACGAUUUGGUCACGAUUGGGAUCCGACAUGCAUGAAGAUGGACGAGGUUUUGUACUCAAUUGCCGAGAAAGUGAAAAACUUCUGCGUUAUCUACCUGGUUGAUAUUACCGAAGUGCCAGAUUUCAACAAAAUGUAUGAAUUGUAUGAUCCCUGCACCUGCAUGUUCUUCUUCCGCAACAAACACAUCAUGAUUGAUUUGGGAACCGGUAACAACAACAAGAUCAACUGGGCGUUGGAAGACAAGCAGGAAAUGGUCGAUAUUGUUGAAACCAUCUUCCAGACGGACAAGCUCAUCCCAACUCUCAUCCAUCUGAAUUGCACGAAGCUGGUGACAGCCUUGAAGGAAGUGGGGUUGGAUAAAUUGCUGAGUGAGUACGCGAACAAUGAGGUCACUGUCGAUGACACACCUUCAGCCACAAUUUUCGCCCCGACGGAUAGUGCAUUCGAUCAAUUCGAAAAACUUGGCGUUAGUGGUGUUGACCUGCUGGAACUCCUGAGUGGUCAUGCAGUGGAUCAUAACUUGAAUUCCUCUCAAGCUGUUGCUCAGAAAGUCGUACCCACGCUUGCAGCUGGGGUUUCUGUUUUUGUGAGCAAUUACACGAUCGGUGGAAAGCCUCUCUAUGCGGUCAACGGAGCUAAGAUAGCGACUCCAGAUUAUAUGACUACGAAUGGGAUAAUACAUGUGAUUGAUCGCGUAAUUUAUCCACUUGCCAAAUAUGAUUCUGAGACUACGCUUCAUGCUGCUGCACCGGUUACCGAUGGAUUUUUUCAACCGGAAAAUAGAAUGAUGCUGAACUUGCUGAAGAAUCCAGGAUUUACACUAUUCGCACCGUCGAAUGAAGCCUGGUCUAGGGUUCCGUUCAACAUUUUGGCAAACCUUACGGAUGCUCAGUUCGGAGUCCUGGGACUAAGGCAUCUUGUUGGUCCGGAGUCAGCCGGUCUACAUGGUCCGCUCUUCUCCCCAGCGCUAUUGGCAAGCAGUCCCAUAAACCUCGUCUCGGUCAGCAAUAAAAAUCUGACUGUAAAGUUAGAAUCUGGUGUUAUAAAAGUGAAUGGCGCGAGUGUUAUCAGCUCGGAUUAUGCGACUAUCAAUCGGGGUGUGAUCCAUGUUAUCGACAGCGUGUUGCUUGAAGGUUUGCCUUGAUCAAAUACAGUACGAUUUUUUUUGCAGCAGCAAAUGAACAGUUGAAACUUUUGUUCAUUUUCGCUGCAAUUGUAUUUCAUGAUGCUUGCGUUUUGAUCAUAAAAUGGGGAGCUUGCCUAAUGCUGCGUUGUAUCUCGCGUAUGUCAAUUGCUUUUGAGUUUUGAUGCUUUUUGAAAAGCUGUGAAAACUUGUAACGUGAUGGAUUCGGGGUUAUGGAAGAUUCCUUUGCGUAUGUGCAUAUAAAUAGGUUGAUGGCAUUUUUA